ACUGGCGCGCUGUGACGUCAGUGUCAGAGAUCAGAGGGGAAAGGCAGCGAAGAGAUGGCGGCCCCCGUUGGCGACGUGUUUCGCUGCUGCGUGGACCCGGCUAAAACAAGUCAAACGGUAGAGGUUCGGCUUAUCGACAAUGUUAAGGGUAGAGGUUUAUUUGCCAAGAAAGCCAUCCGGAAAGGUGACACAUUGUUCAUGGAACGCCCUCUGGUGUCUGCUCAGUUUCUGUGGAAUUCACUGUAUAAUUACAAAGCUUGUGAGUAUUGCUUGUGCUCCUUGGAGACAGCUGAGGAGAAUGCACGAAGGCUCAGUGGAAAUCCAUGUCUCUCUCUUCCGCAUCCAGAACUAUGCCGAGUUCGAAGAGAACUUCAUGAUUCCUGUCCGCAGUGUCAGAUGAUAUACUGCAGUAGUGAUUGCCGACGGGCUGCUUUAGAACAAUACCACCAGGUGCUGUGUCUUGGUCAGUCUCGAGAAGAUCCAAAACAUCCACUGAACAAAUUAGAAGAGGCUUGGAGAAACAUGCAUUAUCCCCCAGAAACUGCCAGUAUCAUGCUUAUGGCUAAGAUGGUUGCCACUGUGAAACAGGCCCGAGACAAAGUGUUGUGGCAGAAUCUUUUUUCUCAGUUCUGCAGUCGAACUGCCAAUGAGGAAGAGGAAAUUGCACACAAGCUACUUGGGGAAAAGUUUCAGGGGCAACUCGGAGUCCUGAGGCAACUGUUUACUUCUGCUCUUUAUGAUGAACACCUCAGCAGGUGGUUUACACCUGAAGGUUUCCGCUCACUAUUUGCACUAGUAGGAACAAAUGGACAAGGAAUAGGAACCAGCUCUCUGAGUCAGUGGGUACAUGCCUGUGAUGCGCUGGAGCUUCAGUCCCAGCAGAGGGAGCAAUUAGACAGUUUCAUUGACCAACUGUACAAGGAUAUAGAGAAAGAAACUGGGGAUUUCUUAAACUGUGAAGGCUCUGGUCUUUUCCUUCUUCAGAGCUCUUGUAAUCAUAGCUGUAUUCCAAAUGCUGAAGCUUCCUUCCCAGAAAACAAUUUCCUACUACAUCUGACUGCACUGUCUGACAUUAAGCAAGGAGAGGAAAUUUGUAUCAGUUAUUUAGACUGCUGUCAACGGGAUCGAAGCAGACAUAGUAGACACAAAAUUCUCAGUGGAGUCCUUCUGGGUCUUCUUCCAUUGAGUCCACUGUCAUUCAAAAAUGGAUCAGACACAUGGACCUUGACCUUGGAGUUCAGCUUGUAUCUCUUUGGAAGUUGUUCUUGGUUUUUUGUCUACUACUCUCACUAUCCUUCUGCCAAUGCUGAGGUUGAUUUUCCUCUUGAAGCCACAUCCAGAUUGCAGAGAGUGAGUCACCUCAUUAUAGUCACCUUUCCUAGCCCAGCAGAAAAACUUACCUGAGACUAUGGAAUUAGAUAAAGAACCUGACAAGUUCAUGUCCAGGAUCACUCACAAGGACCUUGAACAUGAUUUCUGUGUCAGCCACUAAAGGAGCUCCAAGUCCAUGCCACACAGCUGAUGAAACACGACAGCUUCAUGCAAGUUUAAGUAAGUGCUCCGGAGAAGCAGUGACAGGCUUUUUUGAAUGACUGCUGCAAAUGUCAUACCUUGCAUAUACAGUACAAUGUCAGUCUACUAAGCACAAGGUCUUCUACUGUAGUACCAGUCAGAAGAACAGCAGAGCUAAACAGGUAAAUGGAACUGUUGUUUUACCUUGGGAAUUACAAGGAUUAUGAAUGUUGAAUACUUUAUUUUGAUAUGAUUCUAAGCUCUUCUUAUUAUGUUUACUUUUCUUCCAAACAAAAAUGGAAUGAAUCUGUUUCAUUCUCAUUUGCUCUUUCCCUGCAUUCUGAACCUGCCAAUUCUUAACAAGCAACUUUUUAAAUUAGUCAUAAUAAUAUUUUACAACAGUAUUCUGUUUGUGAGUCACAUGCAAAGGAAGUAACUUGGUGUCCCUGGUGUGUAGGAAUAAAAUUAAUUUUAAUUUGUCUAUCCUAGGGAUGGCAAAGUAAUGUAGUGUGGAGUAAAUGAUCAAUCAGUUCAAUGGUCAGUUUUACCUUUGACUAUGCUGGUAAUUAAUUUAAAAAAUCAACAAGAUAUGCUCCUCAAGGGACAUAAGGUUAAAUGUAGGUUAAGUGAGGGAUCUCUGUUUACACUUUCCAGCCUGAAAUAUGAAGAGAUCUGUGCAAUGGAU